UUUAUUACAUGUAGGAUAGAGGAAGUAAUGAUAUCAUAAGCAUGGCAUGUAGGAUAGAGGGAGUAGUGAUAUCACAAACAUUGUUUAUUACAUGUAGGAUAGAGGAAGUAAUGAUAUCAUAAGCAUGGCAUGUAGGAUAGAGGGAGUAGUGAUAUCACAAACAUUGUUUAUUACAUGUAGGAUAGAGGAAGUAAUGAUAUCAUAAGCAUGGCAUGUAGGAUAGAGGGAGUAGUGAUAUCACAAACAUUGUUUAUUACAUGUAGGAUAGAGGAAGUAAUGAUAUCAUAAGCAUGGCAUGUAGGAUAGUGGGAGUGGUGAUAUCACAAACAUUGUUUAUUACAUGUAGGAUAGAGGAAGUAAUGAUAUCAUAAGCAUGGCAUGUAGGAUAGAGGGAGUAGUGAUAUCACAAACAUUGUUUAUUACAUGUAAGAUAGUGUAGUGAUAUCGCGAAAAGAUAGUCUUUGUUUAUUUUAAGCAGGAUGGAGGGAGCUGAAGCUGCUAUUGAGGAAAACCUAAGCUGCUCUAUCUGCACCGAGGUUCUGACAGACCCUAAAACUCUUCAAUGCCUCCAUAACUUCUGUGCAUCAUGUCUCCAGGAGUAUCUUAACUUAUCAGCUCGUCUCAACACUCAUGUGUCGGGCAUCAAAUGUCCCAACUGCCGAGAAGAGACGCAGGUCCCUGACCCCUCUAGACAAGUUAGUCAGUGGGUCUCCCAGCUCCGGACCAACUGCAUCAUCAGGAACACCAUUGAACAGGGCCUACACAGGCCUUCUGACAAAGAUUGUGACAUUUGCAGAGAUGAUGACCGAAACAUCCAAGCAGUGGUUCAGUGUUCUACAUGUCAGCUCACAUUCUGCCAGCCCUGCCUUCGUGUCCACAAAAUGAUCCCUGCAUGCAGAGAACAUUAUGUGAAAAGAAUAGCCAGUAUCCCUCCUAUCAAGUAUGAAUGUUACAACUUUAACAUCAGCCUGGAAACAAAUUCAUCAUCAAGUCGAAGAAAGAAGAUGUCCCAAAGAGUGAAAGAAGAAAUCAGCUCCAAAAUUGAUGUCAUUUGUAAGAGAGGCGUGGAGGACAUCAAGAACAAGGAGAAGCAGUUGACAGCAGAUACUGAUGCUGUUCUUGAUGAAGUGUUUGAGAAAUUUGACUCUUUGUAUCCAGUACUCAGUGCUGAUGAAAGGAGUGAUCACAGCUCACUUGACGAUUCGGAUGAAGAGGAUGGCAAGGAAGUAGUAACCACAAUCAAGCUGUCCUCAAAGGUUGAGUCAUUUAUCAACAGUGGUUACGGAGAUUCACUGGCAUCUGCAAGGGCAACAUUAGACUUCAAGGAAACAGAAGACCUGGGAUUCGCCCCCCUCUGAUUCUGAUGAUCCUGGGAUGGAGACCAUAGAGGUAAAUAUGGAUGAUCUGGAAGAUGAAGAGGAUGAGAUGGAAGAGUUCUCCCGUUCCUAUGUGGGAGACGCUGAUUGUUGGUUGGGAGAUGAAGAUGCUCCUUGGAUAAAGAGCAUUCUUGUAAUGAAAUCCUGCAGUAUGGAAACUAUUGUUGUGGCGGAUUUGGAACAACAGAUGUGUCAAAUCCUUCUACACUGACGUAGGCGGACCUUGUCAUAGCCGCUUAAAGUUGACUGGUCGGCCAUGGGGACUCACAGAACUUAUAAAUGAAAGGAUCUUUGUUACUUGUCCAGAUGAAAAGUCUAUCCUCACAGUUAGGGUUAGACCUGAGCUUCAGACUGUGCAGAAGAUUAAAGUGGAAAAGAAAUUGUUCAGUGUUGCCACCGUGGAUCCGGACACAGUUAUAGCUUGUGCUCAAGACGAGCAUCCCCCUCCCUUACUCAUCAUGAACCUGAGAGGAACCAUCCUGAAAACCAUUGCCCAGGUCAUGAAUCAAAACCUUUUCGAAUUGCCAACAUGCAUCACCACGUCACCAUGGGGAUAUUAUUUGGUUGCUGAAAAAAAUGGGGCAGGUCCUGUCUAUAACAAAAGAGGGGUUCGUUUGUAACAGAGAGCCUAUAGAGCUCGAGACAUCACUACAGUGGAUAACAUGUAGCCGUGAUGUUGGCAAGGUGUAUAUAGUUGACACAGAAGGAAACAACAUUGUGUGGGUCAGGGAAGGAAGAGAGAACAUGACUGUCAUCAAAGAAGAACAUGGCAUACUGUUCCCAGUUUGUGUCUGUCGAUACAGGGAUGCCAUGUAUGUGGUAGAGAGAAUGGGGAAGAUCAAGAAGUUUCAACUCACUACAGAAAAUUGACAUGAGUUACAUACCUCCACAGGUAAUGUAUCCCCUGAAGAAACUUUCAAAACUAAUGGUAUACAAAGAAAUCAGAAGAGGUUUGCAUAAACUGAUGUUUCUUCGAAUGUGAAGCUGAAUGAUGCCAAACCCAUACAGUGAAUAUGAUGAGUGCUUCAUACUGCAUCAGCAAUGGCCAUAUUUCAGGACAUAUUUAUUGUUGGCUUACACAGCCAUGUGUAGUGACAGUUACUGAUGGUUAACGCCAUAGUAUUUAUUUCAAUGGGGUGAUGAUGGCCUGUAAGUAUAAACAUGCUCUGACCAGAAGAACAAGUGAAUUAUACUGGAUUAUAGUCUGUCAUACAGAUAUACUUAUAUAUAUAAGAGCUAUGCAUAAGGAAGGAGCUUUUAUACAUGACUUACCAAAACGGCAGGCGUUCAGUAAAAUCCAUUUUUGCCUUACUUGAUAUUGAUUAUGAAUUUAGAUGUUCUAGAAAUAAUGAAAAAGCUGAAGUCUUUUUGCAGUGUUCUUGUAGUGUUAAAAAAAUAAAUAACAUAUCCAUCAUA